UUGGAAGAAGGAAAACAAAAACAGAGGAGAAACGUCGACAACAAAUGGGAGAUGUUGUUUUGUUUAUUAAUGAUUCGUCAUCGAAUCCUUCUAUUUCAAUAUGUAGAAUUUGCCAUGAAGAAGAGUUUGAAAGCUUUAGGAGCAUGGAAGCUCCCUGUGCUUGUUCUGGCUCUGUUAAGUUUGCGCAUAGAGAUUGCGUACAGAGAUGGUGCAACGAGAAGGGAAACACAACCUGUGAAAUUUGUCUCCAGGAAUAUGAAGCGGGAUAUACAGUAACAGUUCCUUCAAAGAAGUCUCAGCUGAUUGAAGCAGCUGUAACCAUCAGAGAUAGCCUACAAUUUCCAGCAACAGAGGCCGAAGACGAAAGAUUAGUUGCUUUGGCCGAGGAAAUGAACGUCGAAAACGAAUUAUCCGAAUGUGCUUCGGCCGCUGACAGAGGCGCCUCUUGCUGCCGAUCAUUGGCCCUCACCUUCACUGUCGUGUUGCUCGUGAAGCAUAUCUUUGCCGUACUUAAUGGCGAAACUGGUCAUUACCCGUUUGCACUUCUUACAAUAUUGUUUUUCAGAGCUACUGGUAUUUUACUCCCCAUGUACAUAUUGAUUCGGACAAUUACAAUUAUUCGGAACAGCAUAAGGCGACAUCAUGAUAUACGCGAUGAAGAUAUUUCUAACUUUGACGAAGAAGACGAUGUCGAGCAACGGUAGUUUUGUAAUGACUAAAAAAUGAUCAUAUAUGUUCUCCGAUUACUAGCUGCCACUUGUAGUCCGAGCCCAACCUACUCCCAUUCUUUUACAAUGAAAAGCGAAUAUAAAAAGGGGAAAAUAAAUAUAAUACGUUGAUUUUGUGUACAGAUUGGUGGGCCGUAGUUUUUGUUGAAAAGAGAGAGGGCAACGUACUAUAAUAAGAGAUUUGAGAAA